UAGAUAGAAGAUAGGUAGAUAAAUAAAAAAAUUGAAAAUGUCGAAGAGCUCGUUUCAAAACGACGUGCCAUGGAGAGCUUCAUCUUCUUCAGCAAAACCAAUACCCAAAAUUCAUCACUCUCCAAUUCUUCGCGUUUCUCAGAAUCCCUUUUCAGAUUAUGCAAUUUCCAUCAUGAGGCAUCCAGACCCUAUUGGGGAUGGUUUGGGUGAUGACGCUAUAGUUGAAGCAGCUGGUCCUGAAUGCAUCAUAUUUGGUCAAGUUACUCCCAUUAAAUUACUUGGCCUUAAGGUCUGGCCUAUCAAAGUUGACCUGAAAUUUUUGGAACCAAUUGGCCGAGAACUUAAGCAGCAGCUUGGGAAGGUCAUGGAUGACGUUGAGGAACUUAUGAGCAAAUCAUUCAUAGAUCGUUGAUACGGUGGCCUUUGUGAAAGAUGAAGAUUUGGCUCGUUUUGUGUCCAGUCUCACAUACAUCUUUCCAAGAGUAAUAUAAGAUAGUAUUGUUAUGUACUCGUUCCCCAGCCCCAUCUUUCUUCUGUACAUCG